GGCUGGGGAGCUGGGGAGUGUCCGUGGGCGGGGAGCAGGGCCCCAGAGAACAUGCCGCUCGCCACGCAGCGCCCCGAACGAGCUUCUGUGGACCGCGACGCUAGCCGAGGGGCCCCGCGGGGAGCCAGCGGAGGAGGUGCCGGUGAACCGCAUAGUGUCCCACCCCGAGUUUGACCCGCGGACCUUUCACAGCGACCUCGCCCUGGUGCAGCUGUGGACGCCAGCGAGCCCGGCGGGGGCCGCGGGCCCCGUGUGUCUGCCCCGGGGACCCCGGGAGCCCCCCGCCGGCACCUCCUGCGCCAUCGCGGGCUGGGGGGCCCUUUUCGAAGAUGGGCCGGAGGCUGAGGCGGUGAGGGAGGCCCGCGUGCCCCUGCUCAGCGCAGACGCGUGCCGCCGGGCCCUGGGGCCCGGGCUGCGCCCCAGCACCAUGCUCUGUGCCGGCUACCUGGCCGGGGGCAUCGACUCGUGCCAGGGUGACUCUGGAGGCCCCCUCACCUGCUCUGAGCCUGGCCCCCGCCCCAGAGAGGUCCUGUAUGGGAUCACCUCCUGGGGGGACGGAUGCGGGGAGCCGGGGAAGCCAGGGGUCUACACCCGCGUGGCCGUGUUCAGGGACUGGCUGCAGAAGCAGAUGAGCGCGGCCCCCUCCAGCCGCGAGCCCAGCUGCAGGGAGCUUCUGGCCUGGGACCCGCCCGAGGAGCCGCCGGCAGACGCCGCCCCGCCCUGCGCCUUCUACGCCCGCCUGUGCCCCGGGCCCCAGGGCGCCUGUGCGUCCCUAGCGCAUCAGCAAUGCCUGCAGCGCCGCCGGCGAUGCGGUCAGUCCCGUCCCCCGCGCUGGGCGGGGGAGCAGGGAGCCUCCUCGCCCACGCCUGGCCGCCAACCGCACCCCGUCCCGCCCGCAGAGCUGCGCUCGCUGGCGCACACGCUGCUGGAGCUGCUGCGGGGCGCCCAGGAGCUGUUCGGCCCGAGCCCAGGGAUGCGGCGCCGGGCCCGCGCCCUGGCUCGCCCCGCUCCGUCGCCCCGGGAGACUCCUAGGCACCGCGCCCCCGAGCAACGGCUGCACCCAGGAUCACCGGCUGCAGGGACCCUAUUCCCCAAGCGGAGGCCGGAGCAGCGUGGAGACUCGCGAGACUGCCCUGGCCUGGAGCCCCUGCGACAGAAGUUGGCCACCCUCCAGGACACCCAUGCCUGGAUCCUUCAGGUCCCCCCAGAGCGCCUGGCCAUGGACUUCCAGGAGCUCCUCCACCCCCACGCUGCACCUGUCCCCUCUGCCACUCACCCGCAUUCCCCAGCCCAGUGCACAGGAGCAGAUGCAGGACCUAGUUGGGGAGACAGGAUGGAGGGGCCUGUGUUAACGCUGGGACUGCUGGCCGCCCUGGUUGUCUGUGGCUGCUGGGGUCUAAACGAGGAGGAGCGGCUGAUCCGGUACCUGUUUACGGAGAAGGCCUACAACAAGGAGCUCCGGCCUGUGGCUCGCAAAGAGGACAGCGUGGACGUCUCCCUGGCCCUCACCCUCUCCAACCUCAUUUCCCUGAAAGAAGUCGAGGAGACCCUCACCACUAAUGUGUGGAUUGAGCACGGCUGGAUGGACAGCCGGCUGCAGUGGGAUGCCGAGGACUUUGGGAACAUCAGCGUCCUGCGUCUGCCCCCGGACAUGCUGUGGCUCCCAGAGAUUGUGCUGGAGAACAACAAUGACGGCACCUUCAAGAUUUCCUACGCCUGCAACGUGCUGGUCUAUCCGUCAGGCCAAGUGUUCUGGCUGCCGCCUGCCAUCUUCCGCUCUUCCUGUCCCAUCUCCGUCACCUACUUCCCCUUUGACUGGCAGAACUGUUCCCUCAAGUUCAGUUCGCUCAAGUACACGGCCAAGGAGAUCACCCUGAGCCUGAAGCAGGAGGAAGAAGACAAGCGCUCAUACACUGUGGAGUGGAUCAUCAUCGACCCCGAGGGCUUCACAGAGAAUGGGGAGUGGGAGAUAGUGCACCGGCCAGCCAAGAUCAACAUGGACCCCAGUGCCCCGCUGGACAGCCCCAACCACCAGGACAUUACCUUCUACCUCAUCAUUCGCCGAAAGCCACUCUUCUACAUCAUCAAUAUCCUGGUGCCCUGUGUGCUCAUCUCCUUCAUGAUCAACCUGGUCUUCUACCUGCCAGCCGACUGUGGCGAGAAGACGUCAAUGGCAAUCUCAGUGCUGCUGGCACAGUCUGUCUUCCUGCUGCUCAUCUCCAAGCGGCUGCCGGCCACAUCCGUAGCCGUCCCCCUCAUCGGCAAGUUCCUGCUCUUCGGCAUGAUACUGGUGACCAUGGUCGUGGUGAUCUGUGUCAUCGUGCUCAACAUCCACUUCCGCACGCCCAGCACCCACGUGCUGUCCGAGGGGGUCAAGAAGCUUUUCCUAGAGACCCUGCCCAGGCUCCUACACUUGUCCCUCCCCGAGGAGGACAGCCCCAGCCCCGGGGCCCUGGUCCGGAGGAGCAGCUCCCUGGGUUACAUCUCCAAGGCCGAGGAGUACUUCUCGCUCAAGUCCCGGAGUGACCUCAUGUUCGAGAAGCAGUCAGAGCGGCACGGGCUGGCCCGGCGCCUCGCCACAGCACGCCAGCCCCCUGCAGGCUCUGAGCAGGCCCAGCAUGACCUCUUCAGUGAGCUGAAGCCAGCUGUGGAGGGGGCCAACUUCAUCGUCAACCACAUGAGGGAUCAGAACAACUACAAUGAGGAGAAGGACUGCUGGAACCGGAUAGCCAGCACAAUAGACCAACUCUGUCUGUUUGUGGUGACGCCCACCAUGGUGGUGGGCACGGCCUGGAUCCUCCUGCAGGGGGCCUACAACCAGCCCCCACCCCAGCCUUUCCCCGGGGACCCCUUCUCCUACUUGGAGCAAGACAAGCGUUUCAUCUAGAGGGCCUCCCUGCCUGGCCUGGCCCAGCUCCCCGGGCUGCUUCGGAGGGGCUUUGCGCCUUCAGGGGUGGGCCUUCAGGGUGACAGGGAGCUGUGUGGACAGGGGUGUCUGAGAAAGGACGUGCUCCUCUUAGGGAGGCAACUCCUGGCCCUGAGACGUGAGCCCAGUUGUUCCGCACGGUGGAGGUGGGGGUGAGCUGUGCCUCCCAAGACGAGGAAAGGUGAAGCCCCACUCCUCAAUGAAUAAAGAUAGGAGCCACUGAGAAGGUCUGAGAGUGGACACUGGCUGGUGGGUGGGGCCGGACGAUUUUGGGGGAAACAGGGGCCUAGCUCAAGGGCCAGGGAAAAUGUCAUUCAGGCUGGCCUUUUGGGACCCCUCUGUGAAAAAGUGGCCUCUUCUUGCCUCCCCUUCUUCUAGGUGGGGGUAGAGCAGGUGGGCUCCUGUGCCCUCACUGCCUGGUUCCUACAGCUGUCAACCCUCAGCCUUGGCUUCUGAGGCCCCCAGGAGCCUCCCUUUCCAGACCCCUUAGGGAAGGAGGUUUUGGGCAGAGGUGGGAGCACCAAUGUUUGAGAAUGUCCUUCCCAGCUCUUUCUGCUUCAGUCACUCUGUCUGGGUCCCUGUAGGGAGCUGAGGACUAGGGCAGGAGGAUUGGGCCCAGCAGCUACCGAGGCCAGAGGUCAGCCCAUCAGCUCACCCGGACUACCCCAGGCCCCAGAUCUCAGCCCUUCCCUAGAGGGUCCCCUUGGGGUCUCCUAUUCCUCUCCUCCAAAGUAGGGUUGCCAGGCAAAACUAAAAAAAUUAUUUAUAUUUAUCUGAAAUUCAAAUUUAACUGUGCAUUUUAUAUAUUUAUUUGCUAAAUCUAGCAACUUUACCCCAAAGGGGACUUCAUCAAUCUUAUCCUAAGGGCCAAAGCCUGAAGCUGGAGGAGCUGGAGGAGGUUCUGUGAGGUCCCCCACCU